UCCGGCGCGUUUGGUGCUCUGCGCCGAAGACACACAAGACCCAAAGCCUCGAGAGUCUGCUCCAGCUGUAUAACAACCAACCCCCCCCAUCCAUCCUGCGCUGCUGUUGGAUUUGUUUUAAUUCUCUGAUCUGCAGCUGUUAAAUCAUCAACCAGCUUUGACAUGGCCAAAAGGAAGAUGGAUAACAUUGUGCGGAGUGGGAUGGUGGCACUCAUACUGCUGUGUGAUCUAACAAAGAUUUUUGUGAAGGCAAGCCUAGAGGUGAAUGAAACCCAGCAGCAGCAUCCGACCAACGUCUACCAUGACAUAAGUAUCACCAGGAACCAGAUAGUUACAGCACAGUUUGAGUGCUAUCAAAAGAUAAUGAAGGACGAUCCCCAAGGCAGACAAGAGCCCAUGUGUAAUCGCACUUGGGAUGGCUGGCUGUGUUGGGACGACACCAAAGCAGGUGUGAACUCAGAGCAGCACUGCCCCGACUACUUCCAGGAUUUUGAUCCUUCAGAGAUGGUUACAAAGAUCUGCACCGACAGUGGUAAUUGGUUCCAUCAUCCGGAGAGCAACCGGACUUGGACCAACUACACCCGCUGCAAUGAACACACCAAGGAAGGCAGAGUGACUGCAAUGAAUCUUUUCUACUUGGCUCUCAUAGGACAUGGCCUGUCACUGACCUCCCUCUUUGUCUCCCUCGGGAUAUUCUUCCAUUUCAAGAGUUUAAGUUGCCAAAGGAUCACGCUACAUAAAAACCUCUUCUUCUCUUUUGUUCUGAACUCUGUGAUUACCAUCAUUUGGUUGACAGUGGUUGCAAACAAUCAGGAGCUUGUGCAGAGGAAUCCAACAAGCUGUAAAGUGUUCCAGUUCAUUCAUCUAUACCUGUUCAGCUGCAAUUACUUCUGGAUGCUGUGUGAGGGAAUCUACCUGCACACUCUCAUCGUGGUGGCUGUGUUUGCUGAGAAGCAACACCUGAUGUGGUACUAUCUUUUAGGCUGGGGCUUUCCACUCAUUCCGGCUUCCAUACAUGCCGUUGCUCGAAGUUACUACUACAACGACAAGUGUUGGAUAAGCUCCAAAACAUCGCUACUCUACAUCAUCCACGGUCCCAUCUGUGCUGCUCUUUUGGUCAAUUUGUUCUUUCUACUAAACAUUGUGCGAGUGCUCAUCACCAAACUGAAGGUGACCCACCAAGCGGAGUCUAGUCUCUACAUGAAAGCCGUGAGGGCCACCCUCAUCCUGGUGCCUCUUCUGGGAAUCCAGUACGUCCUGAUCCCCUACAAGCCAGCGGGACGGGUGUCCUCCGAGAUAUACGACUACAUCAUGCACAUACUAAUGCAUUACCAGGGUCUGCUGGUGGCCACCAUCUUCUGCUUUUUCAAUGGAGAAGUCCAAGCGGUUCUGAGGAGGCACUGGAACCAGUAUCAAAUCCAGUUUGGAAGCAGCAUAGGAAACCAUUCAGAUGCCCUGCGUUCAGCCUCCUAUACAGCUUCCUCCAUCACAGAGGUACAGGGUUGCUACAGCAUCGACGGCCACACAGAACACAUGAACGGCAAGGGCUACCACGACGCCGACCCCUCUAUCUUAAAGUCGGACAGCCCUUUCGCCUGACCACAACACUCCUCCCGAGCCCUGCCCGCCCUAUUCCCCCCUUAAAAACUGCAGCAUGUUUGAAGCGCAGUGUCCACCAGGCAUACCCACCUCUUCCUUUAGAUACAAUGCUGGAAGCAAUGGGUGAGGAAAAGGAUUGUAUACCUGGGCUCUCAACUGCCUGAAGGAUAUCGUCACACCAACAAAGGCCCUUUAACAGUUCUGUACGUUGAGCUUGGUACAACUAUUCCUGCGCUUUGUUUUGUCUACAAUUUGACACUGAACUGCUUCACUUGACCUAAGAUGCAUUCUGAUAAUCACAAUAUUGUUGCAACCUUUCUGCCUGACAAAAUUGUUUUUAAAGGGAUGAAUAUUAACUGCUUGACUGUCCCUUUAGGGCUCAUGUUGUGCACAAAAAAGCCUUUGGUUACACUGUAAAUUCUUUUGACAUGGUUAGUGCCAAACCAAGAAAUCCUUGCCUGCCUCAUAUAUUUUAUUUUAUAAUUUUAAAAACUGAAUUAUAACGAAGAUAAGACG